AUGCCCUCGGGACAGGUUCAUCCACAAAUGCAUCCCAAUGUCAACCCUGGUAUGCCGCAACUGAUUAGCCAGUUCCACGCUGCCUUCCCAAUGUUCAAUCUCCACGGCGGGUCUGGAGCGGCUCCUCAACUUCUAGACUUGGAUCAGAUACAGGCUCUCCAGCAGCAACGCCUGUUGUUCGAUAUGCAGCAACACAGUUCCCAACAAGCUCAAACGAAUGCCACCGAACCCAGCAUCCCAAAUACUUGUUCGGACGUAUUGACUUCCUCUAAAUCCACACCUCCAAUGGGUCACGUGACUGCCCCGAGUGCUAGCCUGCGGCCAGACCUGCUCGCUUCAACACUAAGUCAUCAUCAGAUGCUGGGACCCACUGCCGCUGCCGCUCCCUUCUUGCCCUAUCCCGGCUUUCUCGUAAUGAACGGGUACCCGAACGCUUUCCUGAAUCAGCAGCAGGCAUCACAGCCCAGCGUCACUCAAAGUCAAAACCCAGGGCACCAAGGAUCUCCCUUGACUCAACAUCAGCCAGCUCAGCAAUAUGUUAAGGGCAUGAAUUCUACGUCCAACUAUCAAGGUUACCAAGGCAUGCGCCAGUCUAAUUUCGAUGACUUAGGGGACAUACCUUACCAGAAUAUUGCUAAACAAGUAGGCUAUAAACAUGGUGGAAAUCAGCAAGGCGUCUACGCUUCUCAACCAGGACAACCAACUGCAGACUUGUCGAUGAGUGGAAAGUUGCAGCAAUCUGGUGCAUGUCCUACAAACAUGACCGGAUCUCAAAAUCAGUCGCAGCAACAGCAGCAGCAACAACAACAACAGCACACUGCGCAGUACCCUCAUUCGGGUGGUCAGUUCGCUCAGUUCUACUCACCGCACUACUUGACAGCGAUGGCCGCCCUUCUUGCUCAACACGGCUCUGUUGGCAAUAAUUCUGGCUGCGGGGGUGUCCCGGGUAAUGCACCUAUGCAAGGAGCCAACAUGGGCUCGGGUCUUCAUGGGUCUCCACCAAUGGUGAUGGGAUCUGCUGGUUCGGUUAUGCAUCACCAACGCCCUGGACCACCGCAACAUUAA